GGAGAGGCCGAGAGGGGGGCCCGGAGAGAGAGAAAAAGAAACGCACGGCGCCCACUUCCUCCUGUAAUUCUUUCUUUAUCAAUCGCGGGUGCACGAACCAAACAUUCGCGUCCUCUGCCGGUAAUUUCGACUCCCCCUCCCUCACGAGUUCUCCUAUCCCGGAUCCAUCGAGAAAAGCAGGUUGGUCCGCAGCCGGGUCGGUCAAAGGCGCUCCGCUACUGUCCGGAGUUGAUGCCCGGCGCCGUCUGAAUCUCUGCGCGAGGCCGCUCAACCGAUCCAUCUGGCCAUGGCGUGCAGGGGCUUCUUCGAAUGCGUCCUCAAGCUGCUCAACCUCGUCCUCAUGGCUGUCGGGCUGGCCAUGGCGGGCUACGGCGCCUACCUGCUCGUGUUCUGGCUCCAGCUGCUGCCUCCGUCGCCGCCGGCGCCGCCUCCAAGCGGUGACCUGGUGCGGCUUGGGCGGCCGAUGCUUCUUCUUAUUGACGUGUCUAUCUCGGUUGGGACCUCGCAGAAGCUCAUCAGCGCAUGGUUUAUUUUUGCAUUUAUAGGCGUUGGUGUUAUACUCUUCAUUACCUCCAUCUUCGGUUGUGCUGGAGCGUCAACCGGGAGUGGAUGCUGCUUAUCCACUUAUUCAUUCCUCAUCAUUUUGUUCAUACUAGUAGAGCUUGCUGCAGGAUGCUUCAUUUUCUUCGACCAUGGCUGGAAAGAUGUAAUUCCAGUUGAUAAAACUGGUAACUUUGACACGAUCUACAGUUUCCUGAAAGAAAAUUGGAGAACUGCAAAAUGGGUCGCACUUGGAGCUGUUGUGUUUGAGGCACUGCUGUUCACUGUAGCCCUCAUAGUGCAGUCAGGCAAUCAAGAUGAUUAUGACAGUGAUGAUGAGUACAUUGGCCCGAGGUCCGGAGUCCGUCAGCCGUUGGUGAAUAAGCAAACUGUUACCGACCCCAGGGUGCCCAAUCUUGACUACCGUCCAAUCAGGAACGAUGCAUGGAGCCAAAGAAUGAGGGACAAGUAUGGGGUGGAUUCCUUUGAUCCAAACAGGUUUCAACAGGCCACGAUAUCUCCCGCAGAACAAAGAAACAGAUGCACAAUCCUCUGAUGCUUGCAAUCCUCUGAAGCUUGGUCGAUGCAAUUCAGUACUGGUCUCUGAAUUCACAGCCAGCUGUGCAACAUGGACUCGCAUGUAGCAUGUGGCUGGGUGAUCUGAUAUUUCCAUGUUGUGUUGGAUGUGGCGAGCCCUUGCAUUCGCCCGUCGUAGUUCUUUCAUUUACAUAGUCUGAAAUCUCUGCAUCGUAGAGUCUUUGCAAUAAUUGAACUUAAUUUUGGCCAUACACGACAUUCUAUUGUGUACACGUUCCCAUGGAACCUUGUAUGGAACUUCGAUCUGUGAACCGAUUUGCAUUGUGCAAUGAAGCGCGUUUGAGCCCCGUGGGUUUA